AUGGCUGCUCCAUCUAACCAGCCCGUUUACCGGGCCACCACCACUGCCCCUGUCAAUAUUGCUGUCAUAAAGUACUGGGGCAAGCGUGACACCACUCUUAACCUUCCAACAAACUCGUCUCUCUCGGUGACUUUGUCGCAACGAUCUCUUCGCACCCUGACCACCGCCUCCUGCUCUCCCUCCUACCCCGCUGAGGACACUUUGAACCUGAACGGCAAGCCGCAGGAAAUUCAGUCAUCCAAGCGCACUCUUGCCUGUCUCUUCAAUCUUCGUGCUCUGCGCAAGUCUCUAGAAGAUGCCGACUCUUCGCUUCCCAAGCUUUCGACCUUCCAUCUCCGAAUUGUCUCCGAAAACAACUUCCCCACCGCAGCAGGUCUGGCCAGUUCUGCCGCUGGCUUUGCUGCUCUCGUUCGCGCUGUAGCUGAUCUGUAUCAGCUACCUCAGUCUCCUCAAGAGCUGAGCCGCAUCGCACGCCAGGGCUCAGGCUCUGCUUGCCGGUCCCUUAUGGGUGGUUAUGUCGCAUGGCGCUCAGGUGAACUUGCCGAUGGAAGUGACAGCUUGGCCGAGGAGGUUGCUCCUGCAUCCCAUUGGCCCGAGAUGCGAGCUUUGGUUCUUGUCGUCAGCGCUGAAAAGAAGGACGUGCCCAGCACAGAGGGUAUGCAGACCACUGUCGCAACAUCCGAGCUUUUUGCCCAGAGGGUGUCGUCCGUUGUUCCUGAGCGUAUGGCCGCCAUUGAGGAUGCCAUUCGUGUCCGCGAUUUCCCCAAGUUUGCUGAAAUCACUAUGCGUGACUCCAACACUUUCCAUGCUACAUGUCUGGACUCAUGGCCCCCUAUCUUUUAUAUGAACGAUGUCUCGCGCGCUGCUGUCCGCCUGGUGCAUGAUAUCAACCGCGCUGUUGGCCGAACCGUUGCUGCUUAUACCUACGAUGCUGGUCCCAAUUCUGUCAUCUACUACGAAGAGAAGGACUCGGAACUGGUUGCCGGCACCGUUAAGGCGAUCUUGGGCACAAACGUUACCGGUUGGGACGGUCCGUUCUAUGAGCCCUUGGCUAAUCUCACCGCUCCCGGUGUUGCCUUGGAAAAUAUUGACACUCGUGUCCUUGACGUCCUUAAGAGUGGCAUUAGUCGUGUCAUUCUGACUGGUGUUGGAGAGGGACCUAUCUCCGUUGAAGACCAUCUUGUAUCUGAGACCGGCGAGAUGGUUAACCAGUAA